GUUGCCUCAUGGCUGUUCAAAGCACAUGUCCGGCAGAAGUUUAGCCGGGUGAUGAGAGGCUUAACACAGAGGAAGACUAAACCUUGCUCCAAAACAUGAGCAAUAUCACUGAACUGGCAGUAGCUAGAAGGGGUAGGAAGGCAUGGAAGCAAGAACACCUCCCUGAGGAGAAACUCUCUGCCUUUGGAUGCACAAUAAGAAUAUGUACAAGGAAGAUUUCGGGAACAUGAUUGAAGAGAAUAGGAACAGCAGUGACUCCUCCUCUGCCUUCACUCACACCAACACCAUGAGUGCCAUACUGAUUACUUCCUACUCGGUUGCCUUUGCUGGAGGUGGGAUUGGGUCCAUCACAAUGUUGUCUGUGCUGGUCAAGAUGAACACUCUGUCCGUGACCACUACAGCCAUUGUUAACCUGGUCGUUGUGCACAGCCUCCUCCUCCUCACUGUGCCCUUCCGCCUGCACUACUAUGUCAACAAGAAGUGGGUAUUCAAGAUGCCGUUUUGCAAAAUGGUGAGUGCAAUGGUGCACAUCCACAUGUACCUGACCUUCCUAUUCUAUGUGAUCACGCUGGUGAUCCGGUGGCUCAUCUUCUUUCAAUGGAAGGACAAGGUGGAGUUUUACAGGAAGCUGCAUGCCAUUGCAGCAAGUGCUGCUGUGUGGGUCCUUGUCAUGGUCUUUGUGGUCCCAGCUUUGUGCUUGGAGUAUGGACGCUCAGGCUCAUACAAUGAUACAGCAUGCUUUAAGUUCCACGAAGAACUACAGCAGGAGAGCGUGAAAGCCCUGAACUACACCAUAAUUGUAGCUGUCACCUGCAUUACUUGUGUCCUCUUGGGCCUGCAGAUUUUCAUCCUGGUAAAAGUGUCGAGAAAACUUUCCACCUCCCUCUGGUCACACCAAGAGUUCUGGGCCCAGGUGAAAAACUUGAUUUUCAUUUGCGUCAUCAUAAUUUGCUUCCUUCCCUAUCAUCUCUUUAGGGCCUACUACAUACAGCAUGUGAGUGAUUUUGAGCAGUUAGAAAGCUACAAUGAAGUUUUUUUGAGUCUGACUGCCCUCAGCUGUCUGGACCUGCUGUCGUUCGUGCUGAGUGGAAGCCGCCUCUUCAAGCAAAAAGUGGGUAUGCUCCGCAGCAGGUUGCCUUGCUGCUAGCGGCAAUCUCCUGCAGUGUGCACGGACCUGGACCUGGCAGACCAUGGUGCUGGACAGGCAUGGCAAACCCCCUCCUCAGCAAGUCAGAGUGGGCCCUGGAAACAGGGCAACACAUUGGUGCAGGGCUCUUCACAUCCGCUCCCCAAAAUAAUGAGGUGAACCGCCUCCAGGGUCUCAGCUGGUAAACUGGAAGGUUACCUCUGGGAUUUCUUCAUGGUCCUACCUUGUGAGUUGCGGAUGCACCUGGAGGAGAGGGAGGAAAGGGCAUGAGGUCUUCUGUCUUACUGUUUUUACAUCAAGGUUUGUGAAGUCAAAGGCACUAGGAGGAGGCUCAAGAGAACUUGCAAAGUAUGUAGAAACACAAAUAAAAAAGCAGUUUUUUAUGGAAUAAGGCACAGAUUUUUGAAACAUAAAGAUCUAUGUAAUUUUCCACAUACAUUUCUUAUAUAUUCCCCAUGAGCUCUCAUAAAAUAUCAGGGAAGCUAUUGUUCCUCCUCAGUAGGUCUGCUCCUUCACUGUAAAGGCAAGCGUAACUUUCUAAGUGAAUCAAACAAUUAAACCAACUCUUUAAAAACAAACCAGCAAUAAACAGUUAUUUCUUAAAAUAUUUUCUCAAAAAUCACCUUUUGGAGAUGGUAUCACUGCAGCAGAAAAAAGUUUUGUUUUCUUUCCCACACUACGAAAAUGUCUCUAGCAACAAAAAGUACACAUUGUCACAGAAAUGCACAUUAUAAGUUCAAACAAAAGCCUGUAUUUUUGUUUACAGAAUUGUUCAAUUUAAAAAAAAAAAAUUAAGUAAGGAUCAUUUUAUUUAGAUCAUUCAGACAGCAGUUGUCUUCUCUUAAAAAGUCAAAUAUUUUAGGUCACCAAGGUAACAAUGAUUUUUUUUUUAAUCUUAUGUUGAUUUUGUGCAAUUCUGAAGUUUAUAAUUAAUUACUCACAAUAUCUUUAGCUUGAAAUCAAUUCUAUAAAUUUAGUACCCUGUACUGGUAAAAGAAAUUAAAAUGUUACUGCUUGGAUUGGAGGGAUGGGAAAAGCUAAUAAACCUGGUGUAGCUAAAAAGCUUAUUACUUCUCAGUGAGGCAUUGUGAGUUGCUGUCUCUGAAGACAGAAUUGAAUUCCACUAGUUCAGAGGAAAAAUUCAGCAAAAUAAUUCUGUGAAAGACAUUUAGGCUUUCAUAGCUCAGCUGCUUUACACCUAUCCCCAAAAAAGAGUAUAAAUCUCUGAGUGCUAUAACCCAACAGCAAUGGUUAAUAUAUCUUUCUUCUUCUUGCCAUCUGCAUAAGGUCACAUUUUUUCAUCUAGAGUCAGUGGGAUAAUGUUCUAAUCAUUUGACAAAUUAGAUGUUAUCAGCUGACUGAUUUCCAGUGACAGUCUCUCCUCAUGAUGCUGUUGAAGUCCACCUUUUCAUACUUCUGAAUCUUUCCAUUCCUUUCUACUUCACCUUCAAUAUCUCUUUCACAUCAGACAGCAAUCAAAUAACAACUGAUUGACCUUGCUGUACCUGUACAAGCUUACUGCUAUGCUUGUUGGUUUUGGUCCCAUCAAGAUGGUCACUUUAUAGGAUCCCAUCUCUUCUAUAGUCUUUCUUCCCUGUCUUCCUUCUUGCUUCCAGCUCCUCUAUAUCUCUCAGGAGGUCUGAUCAUGAGAAAGUAUUUUCAGGUCAGAGUCUGAGUAAUGCUAUAACCAAAGUUGGAAAUCACUGAAGUUCAUAACAAGUGAGAUGUGGGGGUGCUAACAUAGCCCACCCUUGGCAAAUAGCCUGGAUCACAACAUCUGUUAAGGCAGAAAUGUGAGAACUUGCAGUAUGUGUGGACCUCAGAAAAAAACCUGUCUGAGAAGGCAGUUGCCCCAAAAGGGACACAGUAAAGAGGAAGACGACUACCAGCCAGAUUCGACUGUAGUCAGAGAACUACGGAGACGUCCGUAACAAGGAAGGAGUCAACUUGAAUGUGUAGUUCACUAAUAUUUAAUUAUGUGUUAUUAAGAAAGCAAUCAAAUGCUCUGAACCAGAUUUGUUUUAAAACUACACAAAUAAAUCAGUUUUUCCUUGUGGCAGGAGAGAAGAUGGAAAAUGGCACAACAUUUUUGUUUCCUCCUAUAGCAACAUCGUUGGUAGAAGAAAAUGCCUUGCAUGUGUUCUGUAGGCACUGCAUACCUUUUUAACACUAUAUUAUAACCCUUCUGUCAUGAUAAAGUUAACAAAUAAAAUGACUAUGUGCUGAAAAUGUUAAGCAAGUCCCUCCUGCAAAUAUGCAUAUAAAUGAAAAGCAUUUUGUAUCU